UUUUGGCACUAUAAAUAUGAGACAUAAGUUUCAUCAAUUUUGCAACGAAACAUGGCUUUAAAGAUUGAGACUAUUAUUUUACUCUUCGUCUGUGGUGCAAUUCUUUUGGGAGACAAUAUGAAAAUUGUUGAUGCUAAAAUUUGCCUUCAAUUUUGCUAUGAGAAUCGUGCAUACAUGACCUGUCCUUCUUCAGGAAGUAAACUACUCACUCCAGCAUGCAACUGUUGUCUUGCAUCACAUGGUUGUACAAUUUACAAAUAUGAUGGAACUCCUAUUUGUACUGCUCGUGGAAAAAUGUUGUAAUAUGUGUGACAAAAAAAAUUAUAAUAAGUUGUAAAAUGAAAAAUACAACACUUAACUUAUUUUUCA